CCUUUCCUGGGAAGAGUACAAUGGAGGGUGUUUCCGACGAAGAGGAGAAGAUGAUAAAAAAACCUUUACUGGGAACAUCAAAGGGUGGCUUCAGAACCAUGCCAUUCAUCAUAGGGGCAUAAAAUGGAAUCAGAUUGUCAAGAAAAAAAGUUCGUAUUUUGUUUGGUAUAAGGUUUUGCAAUGUGCUUGCUGCUUCAUUUCCAAAAAUUUCCUCCAGCUCUACCUGCUGUCGUUUGGGGGCCUGACACUGCAAAGAAUUCUAUUCCUGAGCUUCAUAUAUGCAAAUGAAGCCUUUGAGAAAGUGGCAAGCUAUGGGUUGAUGCCUAACAUGAUAAUGUAUUUGAUGAGAGAAUAUGGAUUGGAGACGGCCAGGGGCUCCAACAUACUUUUCUACUGGUCUGCAGCCACCAAUCUCAUGCCAGUUCUUGGGGCUUUUCUUGCAGAUUCUUUCGUGGGUCGCUUUAGGAUGAUUGGGUUUGGAUCCAUAGUUAGCCUGCUGGGGAUGUUUCUUCUAUGGUUAACCACCAUGAUUCCACAAGUAAGGCCACCCCCAUGCAACCAUUAUAGCAGCAAUUGUGACUCUGCAACAUUGUCCCAACUCAUUCUCCUGUGUUCUUCUUUAGCUCUCAUGUCCAUUGGGGCUGGUGGCAUCAGGUCAUCUUCCAUGGUAUUUGGUGCAGAUCAGUUGGUUGCGAGAGGUAACAUGAAAAACACAGGUAACCUAGAGAGCUUCUUCAACUGGUACUAUGCUGCUGCCUCACUUUCUGUUGUCAUUGCAAUGACUUGCAUUGUGUAUCUUCAAGAAAAUAUGGGAUGGAAAGUGGGAUUUGGUGUUCCUGUUGUGCUCAUGUUUUUGUCGGCUGUUUCAUUUUUCUUGGCUUCGCACUUUUAUGUCAAGUUGAAGGCCACCACAAGCUUUGUCACUGGUUUUUUUCAAGUGAUGUUAGCCUCUUACAAAAAUAGAGAUCUCUCAUUACCAUCACAGUGCAUGGAUGUAAUGUACUAUCACAAAAAGGGAUCAGCGCUUCUUGUGCCAAGUGGGAAGCUGAGGUUUCUGAACAAGGCUUGUGUUGUUAGAAAUGCUGAAGUAGACUUGAUGACUGAUGGAAGAGCAUCAGACCCAUGGAGUCUUUGCACAGUGGAUCAAGUAGAAGAGCUAAAAGCACUGAUCAGGGUGAUUCCAUUGUGGUCAACAGGAAUCAUGAUGUCUGUGUGUAUGAGUCAAGACUCCUUCCGAACACUCCUAACAAAGCCCAUGGACCGGCACAUUACUCCAGACCUUGAAAUUCCAGCAGGCUCCUUUAGUGUGUUUAUGGUCAUCUCUCUGACAAUCUGGAUUGCUCUCUAUGAUCGCAUGAUUCUCCCUCUAGCAUCCAAAAUCAUGGGAAAGCCAGCCCGUCUCAAUGUUAAACUAAGAAUGGGGAUUGGAAUUUUUAUCUCUGGCAUUUCAAUGGCAGUAUCAGCGAUUGUCGAGAGUGUUCGUCGGAAAACUGCAAUAAGGGAAGGAUUUUCUGACCACCCGGAUGCGGAGAUAGACAUGUCAGCAAUGUGGCUACUACCACAACUUUGCCUGGGUGGGUUGGCCGAGGCUUUCAACGCGGUUGGGCAAAAUGAGUUUUAUUACUCCGAGCUCCCUAAAAGCAUGUCUAGUAUAGCAUCCACUCUCUUUGGAGUAGGAAUGUCGAUUGGAAAUUUGGCAGCGAGUUUUAUAAUGAGCACAGUUGAUGAUGUUACCAAAAGAGGAGGGAAAGAGAGUUGGGUCUCUAGCAACAUUAACAAGGGUCAUUAUGAUUUCUACUACUGGUUGCUUGCUGCUUUGAGUUUGGUUAACUUAAUGUAUUUCCUUGUGUGUAGCAAGGCUUAUGGUCCCUGUGCAAGAGACGAGAGUGGGAUUCUAAAUAAAGAGGAUAUGAUGAGUAAUUUUUGAGGCCAGUUCUUUCAGUUGAUAAAAUUGAAUGGUUACUUGUUUGACUUGAA